UUGAUGUGGAUGAGACUGCUGCCUUGUGCUUUUGAGCAUGGCAGUUUCACACUGCGGAGUAUGUACGAAGCUGUAGGAAUCGCUCUGGGCCGGCUAGUGGGAGUGGGUGAGUUGGGCGUGCAACUGGAGGAGCUAAGCGAGCAGCUGGAAGCAGCCAGGGGGGAGUUGGCUAAGAACCUGAUUACAAGGCAAGCGGACGAGCUGGCAGCAGCAAGAGGGAACGUUGCUGAGCAGGCCAGUUGUGUGCUCAAGGCUGAAGCUACCCUCGAGGGAGCAUUGGUGUCGCUUGUACGAGGCGAUUGGGGAAGCACACGCAUGUUGGAU